AUGACCAGGAAGCACGCGAGCCCCGGCGUCCUCCGCGCCCUCGUCGCGGUCGCCGCCUCCAUCGCCUCCGCAGAACCUGCCCGUAGGGUCCCGAGGCGCGCCGCUCCCUUCCUGGCCGUCGUCUUCCGCCGCGGCCGCGCCGAGGCCGCGGCGCGCCUCAACCACCUCCUCCGCCUGCUCCCGCUCCCAGACUCCCCCGCGCUCCUCUCGGCGCUUCCCUCCGUCCGCGACGCCGUCUCCUACAACACCGUCCUCGCCGCGCUCUGCCGGCAGGGCUGCCUCGACGCCGCGCUCUUCCUCCUCCGCGCCAUGGCGCACGAGCCGCGCCUCGCGUCCCGCCCCAACGCCGUCUCCUACACCACCCUCAUGCGCGCGCUCUGCGCCGCCCGCCGCAGCCCUGCGGCCGUCGGGCUGCUCCGGUCCAUGCAGGCCCGCGGCGUCCGCGCCGACGUGGUCACCUACGGCACGCUCAUCCGCGGCCUCUGCGACGCCGCUGACUUGAACAAGGCCGUGGAGCUGCUGCACGAGAUGCGCGAGAGCGGUGUCGAGCCCAACGUGGUCGUCUACAGCUGCUUGCUCCAGGGCUACUGCAAGGCUGGGAGGUGGGAGAGCGUGGGCAAGGUGUUCGAGGAAAUGUCCGACAGGGGCAUCGAGCCGGAUGUUGUGAUGUACACUGCUCUGAUCGACAGCCUCUGCAGGAACGGGAAGGUGAAUAAGGCAUCACGUGUGAUGCACAUGAUGGUGGAGCGGGGUCUGGAGCCAAACGUGGUGACCUACAACGUGCUCAUCAACUCCAUGUGCAAGGACGGGGCUGUGAGGGAGGCGCUCGAUCUGCGGAGGAAUAUGUUAGAGAAGGGGGUGCAGCCGGAUACCGUGACGUAUAACACGCUUAUCACGGGGCUAUCUGGUGUGCUCGAGAUGGACGAGGCGAUGGGGCUGCUAGAGGAGAUGAUUCAGGGUGAAACUGUGGUUAAGCCUGAUGUGAUGACGUUCAACUCGGUUAUACAUGGACUUUGCAAGACCGGUAGGAUGUCGCAGGCCGUCCGAGUUCGUUCCAUGAUGGCUGAGAACGGGUGCAUGUGUAACUUGGUGACGUUUAAUCUGCUGAUUGGGGGAUUCCUUAGAGUCCACAAGAUAAGCAAGGCUUCGGAGAUGAUGAACGAGAUGGUUAGUUCUGGAUUGAAGCCUGAUUCAUUCACCUACGGCAUACUCAUAAAUGGCUUCUGCAAAAUGUGGCAUGUUGACCGUGUGGAAAGUCUCUUGUCCGAGAUGAGAUCUCGCGGGAUAGAGCCUGAGCUAGUUCACUACAUUCCUUAUCUUAAAGCUGUCUGUGAUCAAGGCAUGAUGGCGCGGGCUAGGACUUUGUUCGAUGAAAUUGAUAUGAAAUUCAAACUAGAUGUUGUUGCAUAUAGCACUAUGAUCCACGGUGCUUGCAAAUUAGGGGACAAGAAAACUGCAGAAGAGUUUCUUAAAUAUAUGCUUGACGAGGGGUUGACUCCUGAUGCUGUCACAUAUUCUAUUCUAAUCAACAUGUUUGCAAAAUCUGGAGACUUAGAAGCAGCAAAGGGGGUGCUUAACCAGAUGACUGCUAGUGGCUUUGUGCCUGAUGUUGCUGUAUUUGAUUCGCUGAUCCAAGGUUACGGAGCUAAAGGGGAAACAGAGAAGGUACUCGAGUUAAUUCGUGAAAUGUUGGCCAAGGAUAUAGCACUUGAUUCAAAAAUUGUUUCAACUAUCCUCUCUUCUCUGGGAGCAAGCAACGAAGGCCAAGCAUUGUUGCAAAGAUUGCCUGGCUUUGAUACAGAAAUAGCAAAAGGCGACGUUAUUCCGCCCCGUGAUGUAAUGAAUAUGCUACAUAAACUUGGCACAGAACUUGACCCUCCUGCUGGUUGCUGAUCUCUGAACCCAAUUCAGUGCAGGCUAUAUCAUCAAAAGCAGAGCUGACAGCAAUGCCGUGUGAGCAUAAAAGCACCUACUCAAAGUAUCAAAUCUGGCGCACACUUAUUAGUGAUUGUUGGUUAAAUAGUGUCUUCAAAUUUCACAUGGUAUUCAGUAUCCUCAAAAAAGUUGUGGAUACUCAAUUUGUAGUUCACAAGGGUGACCAUGGUUCAUAGGGCUGACCAUAUUUUAUAAGA